AUGGCAUCAAAUUCCGUCAAAGAAUCUACCGGCAAUACAGCCAUGUCCACGAAGGAAGCCACCAAACCCGCCAUCGAGUCGAAGACCACCACUGACUUCCUGCAUCAUCCGUACACCCGCACUGUGCUGCCUUUUGUCAACGGCGGACUGGCCGGCAUGACGGCCACGGUCGUUGUCCAGCCCGUCGACAUGGUGAAAGUGCGCUUGCAGCUGGCCGGUGAGGGUGCCCGCACAGGACCACGCCCCUCGGCCUUUGGCAUCACGCGCGACAUCAUCGCCGCUGGUAAGGUACUGGAUCUCUAUACGGGCUUGUCCGCGGGACUGCUCCGCCAGGCCGUCUACACCACCGCACGGCUGGGCUUCUUCGACACGUUCAUUAAGACUCUCAAUUCCCGCGCCGAGGCCCGCGAGCGCAAAGUCACCUUCGCCGAGCGCGCAGCCGCGGGGCUCACGGCAGGCGGGAUCGCAGCCAUGAUUGGAAAUCCAGCGGACUUGGCCCUCGUGCGUAUGCAGGCCGACGGACUUAAGCCGCCCGAGGCGCGCGCUCACUACCGCUCGGUCUUUGACGCACUGGCUCGCAUCCCACGCACCGAAGGCGUCGCCGCACUGUGGGCCGGCGCAUUGCCGACCGUCGUGCGGGCCAUGGCACUGAACCUGGGCCAGCUGACCUUCUUCGCCGAGUCGAAGCAGCAGCUCAAGCAACACACCAGCCUCUCGGCGCAGAACCAGACGUUCGCCGCCUCGGCCAUUGCUGGGUUCUUUGCCAGCUUCCUGUCGCUGCCGUUCGACUUUAUCAAGACCCGUCUGCAGAAGCAGCAGAAGGAUCCUAAGACGGGCCAGCUGCCCUACCGUGGUGUGCUCGACUGCGCCCGCAAGGUCGCCAAGGAGGAGGGUUGGUUGCGCUUUUACCGUGGCUUUGGCACCUACUAUGUGCGGAUCGCGCCUCAUGCUAUGGUGACUCUGAUUGUCGCCGACUAUCUCAACCUCAUCACCAAAUAG